AUGACCAUUGAUAUUCCUCACUACGAUGCCGCAAUUGUUGGCGGCGGUUUUGGCGCCGUCAGAUCCUUGUAUAACCUCAGAAAGGCCGGUUACAAGGUUCACGGCUUUGAAAAGGGCUCCGCCAUCGGUGGUGUUUGGCACCACAACCGUUACCCAGGUGCCAGAGUUGACUCGGACGUUCCGAUCUACCAAUUGUACUUGGAAGAUGCCUGGGGCGGUUUCAAAUUCUCUGAGCUAUUCCCGGGCUGGAAGGAAAUCCAGGCUUACUUUAAGUACGCAGACGAAAAGUUGCAGAUUUCCAAGGACUUCACCUUCAAUUCCACUGUAACAGCCUGCCACUGGAACGACUCCUCCAACAAUUGGACCGUCACCGCCCAGUCCACCGAUCUUGGAGAGAUUGUCUGCACUGCCACCCACAUCGUCUUCUGUACUGGUUUUGCUGCCAAGAAGAUAAUUCCACGGUUCAAGAACCAGGAAGGGUUCAAGGGCCAGUGGUUCCACACCGCUGAUUGGCCAUGGUCUGGGGUGGAUGUCAAGGGCAAGAAGGUUGCGAUUAUCGGCACUGGUGCCUCCGGGGUCCAGGUGAUCCAGGAAAUUGCCUCUGAAGUUGGUUCGUUAACGGUCUUCCAGAGAAGCAUUAACACUGCGAUCCCUAUGAGGCAGCGCAAGUUGACACCGGACUCCCCGGAAAAUAACAUGCCGAUGAAGGAGUCGGUCGAGCAUUUCUUGUCGACUAAAACUGGUUUCCUGUUUGACAACAUUCCACACAGGUACCAUGACUUGACCCCAGCUGAGCGCAAGUCGUGGUUGGACAAGAUUUAUGCCAAGGGUGGCUUGCGCUUCGCCGCCGGUAACUUCUUGGAUGCCCUUAUUGACAAGGAAGCCAACCGUUUCUGCUACGACUACUGGAAAGACUCUGUGCGUGCCAGGGUCAAGGACCCAAGAAAGGCCGAGCUUUUGGCCCCUACCCAGCCACCCUACCACAUUCUCACCAAGAGACCAUCUUUGGAGCAGACCUUUUAUGAGGCAUUUAACCAGGAUAACGUGGACAUUGUGGAUUUGCGCAAUGACUCUAUCGUUGAGUUUACCGAAACCGGGAUCAAGACCACCGCCCAGGAGUUUGACUUUGAUAUCGUCAUCUUUGCCACCGGUUUCGAUGCCGUCACCGGUGGCUUCAAGCUUGUUGACAUCAGGGGCCAGGGCGGUGUGAGAUUGGAGGAUAAAUGGAAGAACGGCACCUUUACUCACUUGGGGAUGACCAUCACCAAGAUGCCAAACUUCUUCUUCAUGUACGGUCCCCAGGGCCCCUGCGGCUUCUCCAACGGCCCAACCUCCACUACAAUUCAAUCCGAUUGGGCUGUGAGAGCCAUUGAGUAUAUUGAGAAGAACCGCAGGGUGUAUAUGGUUCCAACCGAGGAGGCUGAAAAUGCUUGGAGAAAGAAGGUGAACGAUACCGCUUCUUUGACCUUACUUCCGUUAACAAAGUCCUGGUAUAUGGGCUCUAACGUUGAAGACAAGCCGGUUGAAUCUUUAAACUAUGUUGGGGGUCUUGGGCCGUACCUCAUGGAUAUUGCUGGAGCCGAAAAGGAUGGGUACAGCCGUGACUUUAUUUUUGGUGCUUAA